GCACCUUCGUUUCAUUCGACAAAAGAGACAACCAAUUACGCCCGCUUAUGCAAGCUUCUGGCGGCUGUCAGUGCACAUAUCUUGAGAGAGACAUUUGAAAAAAGGCGUCCACCAGGAAACCUGGACACAGUUUUGUCCAGUCCUCCGAUUCAUCGAGUGCUAAAAUCACUCCGAAUUAAAAAAAUUCUCAAUCCUUCACAAUGGGACAAACUGUACCCCUCCAUCAAGUCUUCAGUUUCAUCAAAGAAUUUCGAUAUCACACUACUGAAUGUCCUGCUGAGGACCAUUUGUGGUCUUGCUCCUCCGGCUACCGGCUGGAAUACACUUCCUCUUGCAGCAGACAUAACCCUUGAGGCAGAUAUCGUUCGUAUCAAGUGCUACAGAAACACAGUUUAUGGUCAUGCCAGCGAGGCCUCAGUUGAUGACGCAACCUUCAAUCAAUACUGGCAGGACAUCCAAGAUGCAUUGGUGAGACUGGGAGGAGCUGGUUACCAAAGUGCUAUCGAUGAUCUGAAAAAUGAAUUCAUGGACCCUGAUUUCGAAGAACACCAUAAAGAGCUUCUUAAGCAGCGGGUAGUGUAUGAAGUCAGCAUCAAAGAAAGAUUGGAGACAGAGCUAUUAAAGGAAGCAAUCGCUAAUCCUCCAAAAAAGUUUAAAGCAGGAGACAAAGGUAAGUUUGUGUUAACGGUAAAAUCUGUACACGGCUUUUUGAUCUUUCUUGAGAAAAGAAGAAGAUUUAAGGGCCUCUCAUCAGAGGGUAAUAAGCAAUUUAGCAAUCAGUUCAUUUCAGUAUUAUAA